GGUGUUAUUCAUGAAGCAUAUAAACAAGUAACAGCAUUAGCUAAAGAUAUUCUUAGUAUGAUUAUCUCUAAUGAUUUAACAGCAUUUCAACCGGAGGCAUUUAUAAGUAGAAAUGAUGAUGAUUAUAUUGAAGAAGAGAUCAAAAAUCCUUCAAAAAAUUUAUUAAUUGAUAAUCCUGAAGAAUUUGAAAAUACAAAUAAUCUUUAUAUUAGUUUUGCAGCUAAAGAAAUUGAAAAACGGGAAAAAUUAAACUUUCCUGAUAAUUCUAAUGAUGAUUUUAUUGAAGCAUAUAAUAGUUUAUCCAUGUUAUUGAAUUCAAAUUAUACAUUUAGUUAUAAUUCUGAAUUUAUGAUUGGAGUUGUUAAUAAUCA